CAAGGGUGUGACACACGGAGGAACUGCAGCUUUGAGAAAGAAAAGUUGUUUACAGAAGAAUGGCAAGCAGACGGAUUACUCAGGAGACAUUUGAUUCUGUGGUGCAAGAAAACAUAACUGAGUUUCAAAUGGAGCCAGAAGAGGCUCUGAGUGAAGCAAUACAACAAUUUGAGUCACAAGGUGUUGACCUUAUUAACAUAGUGAAGGCUGUCCAGAAUACAACUACAGAAGCCAGUGAUCAGAAGCACAUUGUUCUGCAGGCCCUUGAAGAGCUUCGGAGAGCUUUGGAUCUCAUGGCUCUGGAUGAAAUGGGGGAUCACCUAACUAACUUCAGUGAGCAAUGUAGCCUUGACUUUGCUCACCGUCAUCUGGCAGCCGAAAAGUCAGCAUAUCCCACGGUUCUUUCUUCCUGUCAACAACUGAUGUCCAAUGCGCCCUAUCUGCUGAAGGGAAUCCAGGCCUUGGCCAAUCUGCUGGAUGGUCAGCCAGACCUCCUCGACCCAGAGGGCCAGCAGCUCCUCCUGGAGAUCUUGAAGCAGCACCGGGACCAUGCAGCUCUGAACGCAGUGACAAUCCGCGCCAUCCGUCACAGUUGUCUGAAACACGAGCAGAAUCGCCAAGACUUCGUGCAGCUAGGUGUUUUGGCAUUUCUGACUGGCGCUAUUGUGAACCAUGGCAAUCAGGCGGAUGUGGUCAGAGAGGCAGGGAGAGCCCUGCGGGUCAUGACCUAUGACGACGAUAUCCGGGUGCCCUUUGGCCGUGCUCACGAUCAUGCCAAACUGAUAGUGAUGGAGAAUGAUGGACUUCGGAUAAUCAUUGAAGCUGCAAAAGUUUUCACAGACAACCCAUCAGUACUCAGUGAACUGUGCUCUACGUUGUCUCGCCUAGCUGUCAGGAAUGAAUUCUGCCAGGACAUCGUGGAUCUAGGAGGUCUCAACUUCAUGGUAGCCCUCUUGGCGGACUGCAUUGAGCAUCGGGAAGUAGUAAAGCAGGUUCUGUGCGCAUUGCGAGCGAUCGCAGGUAAUGAUGAGGUAAAGGAUGCAAUCAUAAAUGCUGGUGGAACAGACCUGAUUGUGCUAGCCAUGAACCGACACUUGGGAACCCCACAGAUCUGUGAACAGGGAUGUGCUGCUUUGGGCAUGUUUGCCUUACGGAAACCAGAAAAUUGUCGUGUGAUCAUGGAGGGUGGUGGAGCACUGAUUGCGUUGCAGGCAAUGAAGGCACAUCCAGCUGAGGCGAACGUCCAGAAACAGGCCUGCAUGUUGCUCCGUAACCUGGUGGCCCGCAAUCCUGACUUCUCCCAGCUGAUCCUGGAAAUGGGAGCUGAGAUGCUCAUCCUGCAGGCAAAGACCAAACACCAAGACUGUGAAGACUUGGCAAAAGCUGCCCUGCGGGAUCUUGGCUGCAAAGUGGAGCUUCAAGAGUUCUGGACAGGGCAGAAAGCUGGGAUUUCCCGUUAACUGCCACUUUGGGACAAGACUAGGAGAUGGACCUGGAAAGCACACGUCAUGUUUCGUUGCACAUUUCUGGAUUUUUCUAACGUUUAACCUCUGGUUGUCUGAGACAUUGUACAAGCGACCAGAGAACUUGUGAGGUGUCUGUUUCAGCUGUGGUGAGUUGAGGAUCUACCAGGUGCCACGACCCUCACCUCCACUUCAGUGAAUGGGACUUUCCACAAUGCAGAUUGGUACUUGGAGCAGGCUACUGAUUGAUGAUCACUACCAAACUCGGAGGAUCCUUCCACCAUGAAUGACCACGUCUGAACUUUCUUGCGCUUUGACAGGUAAUAGGCUUCUGGAAAUUCCAUUGUUAUGUUACCCAGUGCUGUUUUUCUCACCAAAACGUCAGCAGCAGAAUGCAAAGUGUUUCCAGACAAGUGGUUUAAAUAUUGUUCUGUCAUAGUACUCAUCACUUGCUGCCAGAGGAUAUUCAAGUGUUUAACACCAAACUUGAUAGAUUUUGUAUCUUGAAGCAGGUUGUGAAUCUGGUAUUAAAAAUGCCCCACUCCAUCCCAUCAGUUAAUAGUUCAAUCACCACCUCAUUACACAGUGUAGGCUGCUUUUAUUUUGCGUUUUUGUCUGUUUCUUCCUUUGUUUAACAGUGCCAUAGUGCUCAGUGGGUCUGUAAAUGAAAUGACCCAUACAUUACCAAGCAAUUAAUUUUAGAUAGUGAUUUCUUCCAUUAGUUGAUGAUAUACAGAAUAUUAAAAAACAUCCAAAAGGAACUUUUACAUCUGAUCAGUAGGAUUGACACCAGUGUUUCAAUAUUCCCACAACAUGGGAUCUUUAUUAGCAAUGAAGAGGAGAUUCUCUCCAUCCUUGCUUGAUGAGAGAAUUGAUUCUGUACAAGAGCCUAAACAACAGUUUACAACCCGACAACUAGACAGUCUCCUGUCAUCACCUCCUAAAACAGUAUUUUACACAUUUUAUUCAGUGCACACGCACAAAUACACACCUCCCCUACAUACCUAAGGUUUUGACACCAUUGAUUCCUUGUGUGUAAUAGAGAUCACAGAUUGUUAAUUGAGAUUUGGUUGUGACUGCAUUAGUCAUGUCCUGUGCAAAUUGUGAAAGCAUGUCAGCAGAUCUGGCAAAUCCCCUGCGAUUCUGUGAUGACAUUUUGGGCCCUGGAUUUGAAAUCCAGUCAAUAUUAUUGUCUUGCAGUUGGAAGCAAUGUCUGCCUUAUGUGAGGUUGUCCCUUCUGUUCUGCUGCAGUGAGUCAGAGGUUAACUCUGUGCACAUCAGCAAUGUUAUUUAACCCUUAAAUGCAUCUCUUUGAAAGCACUGACAUGGACAUUACUGUUUGAGGUCAUAAACCUACUAUGUAUUUCCACAAAUUUAUUGUUUUAUCUUGACAGUCAUACCCGGCUGUUUUAAUGUAUUAAAAAGUGUUUGUGUGCAU